GCGACCGCCGGCGCCCAUACGUCCAGCUCUGCGGCCGCCGGACACUACUUCCAGUCCUGUAGUCACCAUCACUUCACGUGCAGUCAGUGCGGAGAGUCGGCCGAUAAGCAUACGGUGCCCGCCAUUCUCCGCCGCUCCCGACUCGAACGCACCGGCAUACCAUAUCUGUACCGGAAAUCCAUGACAAUCGAUGACAUCUACUUUGGGUCAGAUGAUGAUGAAGAGGACGCCGGCGUUCAUACGGAUAGCUACCGGUCGGCGCUCUGGGUAUACAUCGGUCGCAAGGAAGAGGUGGCCGUUUGGAACCAUAGGAACCCAUUGAAUGGCGGACAGGGAGGCUCGGACCAGUCUCUGCCGCGGUCUGAGUCGGAUGAGAGUACUCUAUCGGAAAGGGGUUUCAAAAAACAUUACGAAGCCAUCACUCAUCGGCUCAUACAUAGGAAGGCCAGCGUCGAGAUGUAUAAACGUAUUCUCAACAGAACUUUCGCGAUCGAAAAGGUGUUAACAAUAGUCAAAAGUAACGGUGAGUUCGGGUUUCGUAUACACGGGAGUCGACCGGUGGUGGUGUCGGCCAUCGAAAAAGACACACCCGCGGAGGCCAAUGGACUGGAAGUGGGAGAUAUCAUAGUCUCUGUCAACGACGCCAAUGUCUUAGAGGCCUCUCAUUCAGAGGUUGUGAAGUUAGCUCACACUGGCUCCGAUACUCUUAAGCUGGAAGUGAUCUGCACUUCUAAGUCGCUGAAGAGGAAUCAGGCGCCGGUAGACCAACACGACGUACUCAUGAAUGGCUACCUCUCGCGACUGACGGAAAAGUCAGUCGACCGGUUAGAGAGAGCCACGGGAGUGGUCGACACCACCGCCAGUGCUCAAAGUCAUGGGACCAAUAAGUUAUGGCGUAGGCGUUGGUUUGUCCUGAAGUCCGACUAUUGUCUCUAUUGGUAUAAAAAUCCCAAAAGCACAGAGCCGGUGGGCGCCAUAUCACUGCACGGCUACUGCGCGGGGGUCGCCAACGAGACAAUCGCCGGUCAGUCCCAUGUAUUUCGUUUGGUCCGAUACGCGACGCCUCAGAAGUAUUUUUCGGCCAUCGAUGGCGAGACGGCUAUCCAGUGGGUGUCAACCAUCAACCAGUCGGCCACUCGUAUUAAUCAAGUUGACCCGUACAUCGACAUGACACUGCAUAUGAUCCACAAAAACCCGUUAUCGCUUAAACAUUUGGACUGUUACGGCUACCUGGGCAAAUUCAGUAAACGGCGCAAAGUGUGGCGGCACCGGUACUUCGUAUUGAAGGACGCCUGCCUUUACUUCUAUGCUGACCCUAACUCUAACACCGCUUUGGGUGUUUUCUAUUUACACGGCUAUAAAGUGCAGAGUUGUCUAAUGAUUGGCAAAAAGCAUACCCUGGAAGUCAUACCUCCCGACCCUAAAUACAAACACAUAUGGCUUCUGUCCGAUUCGGAUGCCGACAAAAAACGAUGGUUAGCGGCGUUGGAGUACUCUAUAGACCGAUGGAUUAGAUUGAGAUAAUUAAUGGCCAAACGUUACAAAAACACCAAUUUUUGUAUAAAUAGUGAUAUUUUAAUGAAUUUAUUUAUAAAAACUAAUUGCAAUUAUAUUUAAGCAACAAAAACAAUGAUUACAUGGAUUUUACAAUGGAUUUCCAAUUAUGAACAG